UUAGCACCUAUGCUUAGCACCCGUAGCACACACUCUUUAGCGCUUGGUGAAGUAGUGUCAACCUCUCAGUUAAAGUUAAGCCGUAGCGUGCCUCAUCAUGGGUCGGUGUUUUGCACCCUGUUGUAAUCAUUAUCAUGAUGGUGGUAUACGUCACCAUUGUAGAUUUUACGGCUUUCCCAAAGACGAAACAACGAGGCGUAGGUGGGCCAGUGCUGUAGGACGCAGUGAUCGAAAACCUUCUGACGGCUGCAGAAUUUGUAGCUGUCAUUUCCCAGAAGGGAAAGAAAGGGGUCCUACUCUUUUCAAGAAGAAAGAUGGGACCAUUUGCCUUGAACAUAGAAUACCCAAAAACCGUCCUGUUAAGAAGCCUGUUAGUGCUGUAGAACAACCCACUGCCCAUGAUGUUGGGGAGGUAGUCAUACAGAACUACAUCCCUCCUGUCGAGUCAGUUCAUGUUGUAUCACCAAUUGUAACCAAGAUUUGUCCUAGUGUUGGCACUCAAAUGAACUAUGCACGGGGGGAGAAGAUUCUUCUUGAAACGGAGCUGAAAGAUGUCAAGGAAGAGCUGAGAGUUCUGAAGUUGAAGCUGGCUGAAGUUAAGAGCCAUUACACUCCCUCUCGUCUGAGUGACGAGGUGGUGAAGAUGGAGACUGGCAUCCCAGCUAGAGACUGUUUUGAUAAGAUUGUCGAAUGUGCCACUAGCUUGGAGGGUACCGUCAGCUACUUCGCUGGUUGGAAAGUUAAAUGCCUCAGCGUUGAAGAUCAGGUGUUUCUUACCUUGAUGAAGUUAAGGCACAGUUACGAAGACUUCCACCUUGCCGCACUAUUCAGUUGUAGCCAAGCAAUCAUUAAAAAUGUAGUCAACACAUGGACGGACAUUAUGCAGGGGCUACUUCAGGACGACGACACAGCUGCACCAAGAGUCUCAAAAGCUCAGAAGAAGAAACAGAAUGCACCACUUGUAACGAAUCAGAAUUCACUUGGCCCAAAUCUGAAUCCACAGGACACAAAUCUGAGUGUACUGGACACAAAUCCGAUUCCAAUGGACACAACUCCGAUUCCACUGGACACAACUCCGAUUCCACCGGACACAAAUCCGAUUCCACCGGACACAAAUCCGAUUUCACCGGACACAAAUCCGAUUUCACCGGACACAAAUCCGAUUCCACUGGACACAAAUCUGAAUCCACUGAACACACAUCUGAAUUCAUUGGACACAAACUUACAAAUAGAAUCAACAAUUGCAACAAAUUUCCUAGAAUCGACAAGUGAAUACGUUUUUGUCCUCACAUCCCAUCCCAUGCUGUUUUGCUAAAUUGUAUGUUCAAGCAUUUUGAAUUUUCCCAUAAUAUGGCUCAAAUGAACACAUGAUGUUCUCAUUAGAGCACAAAAUAAAAAAGUAAAAUAUAGUACAAUUCUG